AUGAUGGAUGCGAUAGACUCCAUUGAUCCGUACAGCCGACCAGCGCGCAGGACGCAAUGGAUAGUCAGCACUCUGGCUUACCAUUACGGACUAGACCGGGGAGUGGAGAACGAGAUUAUAGUUCUAGCCACAGGGUUAGAUCAAUACCUACAGGAGAUUUUUCAUCAUAUGGACUACCAAGGUGGAGGAAAAAUCUCUGUGGAGGACUUUAACAUCUUGUGUGACAUUCUGGGACUGAACAAAGACUUGGAGGAUUUAGAUUGCGCCGGUGUUUUACCAAGCGAGCUCACUUUCAGACACUUCCACGCCAAACUGUGUGGCUACUUCAGCACAAAGGCGGGAUGUCAGUAUGAGAACGGCCGGCUGCUGGUCGGGAAGGACAGCGAGCAUAUAGAGACUCAGAUCCGACUGAGGAGCCCCCUGAAGCGGCGAGAGAAGCUGCUGUGUGUGGGGGUGAGCGGCGGGUCCUCCUCGCCCUCCCUGGAGGGACGGCACGCCUCCGGCUGCAGGCUUGGCUCCUGCACCAGGGAGUGUUAUGAGGAGAUUGUGGCUCUGGAGGAAGCAGAGGACAGAAUAUCCAAACUGGAAGAUGAGAAUGCAAGUUUGAGGGAGCUGAUUGAAGACAUGAGAGCUGCACUACAGAGCAGUGAUGCUCGCUGUCUGGCUCUGCAGGUGGGACUGUGGAAAAGCCACUCCAAGCAUAAAUCAGAAGAAGGCUGCUUUGUUGCCCACCAGAAACAAGCUGCUCAGAAAAGUAUGAGCAGUUCCACCCUGAAAAGCAGUACCUACACCAACCUGAAGAGCCUGCAGAACAUCAUCCACGAGAUUGAGCUUCUGCAGAGCUCCAGAGACCGACAGGUAGAGGAAGCCAUGCUUUGUAAUCAGAGACUGGAGGAGGAACUGUGGAGCUCAAAAGAAACUGUGUCGGCACUGGAGGACUGCAACCGAGUCCUGAAGAAGGAGCAGGCGAGCAUGAGGAGGAAGGUGGAGGAGGCCAGGCAGGCAUUGCUCACCGGACUGGGGAAGGUGAAGGAACUGGAAGCUAAAGCCAGUCAUGUGCCGGCACUGCAGAGACAUGUCCUCCAGCUGGAAUCAGAGCUCCUCUACUACAGGUCGGAGGUGUCCAAACUCCAACUUCCAAGCGGCACCAGGGCAGAGCAGCAGCUGAGUGUCGGCAGCAGGCCCAGCCAGAGAUGUUGCUCGGACUCCCAGCAUGAUCGCUGUUCCCCAACGGGGCGUGCUGUGACGACCCCAGACAAAAUGGAGGAGCAGCUGUUUCGUUCAGUGGAGGGCCAGGCGGCUUCCGAUGAGGAAGAGGACAAGUGGACCGGAGAUCAGCAGCGGCAGGUGGAUGAGGUGAAAAGGAUUUUGACCCGGCUGUCCUGCUGUGGGGAAAGGUGUGACGACAAGGCAUUCAAGAAGCUGAUGUCUAAUUUCGGGAGCUCAAGGAGCGAGGAGAGCUGCAGUGCUGUGGUGGAGCUCCUGGAGAGGGUGACCAAGUUACAUAAGCAGCUCCAGCUGAAGGAGAGCCAGGCAGAGAUAGACAUGGACAAGAUGAAGGACUCUCUGAUGCAGGAGCUACAGCAGAAGGCUGAGGAGACGGAGCUUCUUCAGAUGGAGCUGCAGAUGUUGGAGACGGAGAGGGUUCGUCUGUCCCUGGUGGAGGAGAAGCUUGUGGACAUUUUGCAACUCCUCCAGCAGCUCAGAGACCUGAACGUAUCCCGGAGGUCCCUCGGGAAAAUCUUGCUCAGCACUUUGGAGUCUUGCAGCGACCCGCAACAUGGGAAAGCCCACAUCUUGGAGGUGCUCAACGCUCUCUAUCAUGAACUGGCUGCCUGCGAGAUCCUGUCCACAGGUGGACCUUUGGAGCGAACGCCGAGCCAGCAGUCUCUGAACGCCCUCAUGAUCUCCUGUUAAACAAGACUGCCUCCUGCUGGGCCCAGGACCUUCCUGCAUAGCUCUCCUAGAGGACACUGGAAGCUUAUCAGUGAUCAAGAAGCAGGCUGAUUGAUGUGUAUAGUGUAUUAUACUGUAGCUUAUAUACUCAUAAUAUCUAUAAUGGGAAAUUACUUCAUCCUUUUAAGCCUAGAAUGUUGAUAAUUGUAGGAAAGGACUUUUUUUUUUACAUACAUAUAAAGAAAAUACUUGUUUUUUUUUCAAG